AGUGGGUAUGAUGUUGAAAACGUUGAGACUUUUUUCGGAGAUCAACCAGAUUCUCCAACUGCGCCUUUGUAUCCGAUCGAUUAUGUUGGAGAUACGACUAAGAAACUGCGGAAAGUAAAAGUCGGCAGACGAACAUUCGAGGUUGAAGAAGCGGUAGAUAAGUAUAAGAAUUCAGAGCAGAAAACUGUAUUAGACGAAGCAAAACUGGAAAUCGAGCAGAAUCGUAUGUCAAGUGACUUAAUACAAAAAGAGAGUUACCAGCAGGCCAUGGGUACAUCAAUGUCCAACUAUGUAUCGCUAGAAAACGGCGAACAAACUGGAGACGUGCAGCGUAGCGCGCAUCAAUCGCGGAAAAUUCGGAGAAGGCACCGCAGGACAAACUCUGUGUGUUCGGUUCCGAUUUCUACGAUUUCAGCGUUUUCUGCUUUCAGUAAAACUUCAAGACGAACUGUGGUGCCUCCGAAACGAACCCGGUGUCAAAUGAUGAUGAACAGUGCAAUCAUGUUUGGUCGAGAGUUCUGCUAUGCAGUCGAAGCUGGCCUCACAACACCAAUUCUCCUAAGUAUAGGACUUCCUUCCAACAUGUACAGCUUGGUAUGGGUGAUAAGUCCAAUAAUGGGCUUCGUGCUGCAACCAAUAAUUGGAAACCUCAGCGAUAGGUGCUCCUGCCGCUGGGGGCGACGCAGACCCUUUAUCCUUGCCCUAUCCUUUCUUUUGCUCAUUGGAAUGACGUUUUUCUUGAAUGGAGAACAGAUUGUGUCAUUGUUUGAUACGAGAGUGAACGGACGAAGAGAUACGGACCCAAGGUCCCUCAUCAUUGCUGCUAUCUGUGUAACCAUCAUAGGUGUGGUUAUAUUUGACUUCAGCGCGGAUUUUAUAGAAGGACCGAUUCGAGCGUAUGCUAUGGAUGUUUGCGAUGAAGAAGACACGAGAAUCAAUCUGUUUUACCAGGCUGUGUUUACAGGUGCCGGAGGAGCGUUUGGCUACGCAAGUGGAGGCGUGUCUUGGACGAACGACACGUCUCUUGGUCGAUGGUUUCCAACAGAUAGACAAGUGGUGUACACUGCUGCUGCAGUUGUUUUCAUCACAACUUGUGUGUGUAACCUGAUCAGUAUUCCUGAAGCGAACCCGAAAAAGAAGACUGCAAGCAAACGGAAGUUAAACCAGUCUGAUGCAAACGUUGGCGGUGAUACUUCUGCGAAUCGAAAAAUGUCUAUGAAAAAAAUUCAAAACGUCGUCGAUGCCAAUCAGAACUAUAUCGACCAAGAUAAACAGAACUCUUUGAUGAAGCCUGUCCGGGUGGAGGAUAUCGUGUUGUACAACAUCAUGAGACAAAACCGGAACAAACUAUUCAAUGUGUUCGAAGCCAAUCAGGAUAGUUUAGGUUACGUGACGGAACGGGACUUCGGAAAACUUCUGAAGAUUGUGAAUACUGGUGGAUUGGCGAAAUAUAGUAGGAAGUACAGAAGACGAAGAUCAUCUUCAAGAAAUCGGGCGAAGUUGACAAGAAAGAAUGGGAAGGCGAAGAAAUCUCAAAAUGGAGAAAGCAGCGGCUUAACUUACGGAACCUUCCUGAACAAUCCGGAGAUGGAUAUGAAUCAAACACCAUACCAAACUGCUUCUCACUACCCAGCAAGCAACCCUGCAUUCCCCACUGCACCACCUUCGUAUCAAAGCCAAUCUAGCGUCGGGAGACUGGAUAACAACUUCACUAAAUUGUCUCCGAGUCAAUACAACCAAGUUCUUGAAGCUAGAUCUGUGUUCCCUACAGCUCCAGCUUUGAAAGAUAUUAGCAAUAGUAGUUCGUACCCAAGGAACAGUUACAGUAGUGGUUCAGAAUCCGAAACAACAUCUACAUCGCUCACGGCAGAUGAUUUGGAUCAAAUCCAGUUCUCUCCUUACGCCGAAGUCGAUCCAAUGCAAUCGAAACUUCUCGAUCUUCGAGCCAAGAAUCCGACCAAAUCACCAAAAAGAAAGAAGCUUUCGCCAAACGAUAACGACAUGAUAGAGAUUGGUGGCUCCGUAUCAGAUGAUGAGGCUGCACCAAAUAAAACUGAAGACCAGCACGGCGAGGUUGGAGGGUUGAAAAGUCUGGUUCGCUCGAUUUCUUCCAUGCCAAAAGAUCUGAGAAAUUUAUGUAUUUGCCAUUUAAUCGGGUGGAUCGCCUUUCUAUGUAUGGCUCUCUUCUUCACUGAUUUCGUUGGACAAGUAGUUCUGCAAGGGGAUCCACGUUCGCCUCCCAACUCACGACAAGGAACCUUGUACAGACGAGGUGUAGAAGUUGGAAAUUGGGGGCUUACCAUAAACGCUGCUGUUUCUUCGAUAUAUUGCUUUUUGAUGAAGCCCUUGAUGCGACGAGUUGGUCCAAAAACGCUUUAUAUAUUCGGCUAUUUAACUUUCUCAGUCGGUUGUCUGGUUGUGGCACUCGUACCCAGCAUAUACCUCGUUCUAUCUCUAUCCUCUAUCAUUGGGAUCAUGUCUGCCACGCUUUACACUGUACCGUAUCUGCUCGUGGCACAAUAUCAUGAAGAAUAUAAGCAAUGGAAAGGAACAUCAAAAGAGCGUGGCAUCGGUACUGACUGUGCGCUUAUAACUUGCAUGAUACAACUCGCUCAAAUCAUUACCGGCCUUGGUAUUGGCGCUCUGGUAAACAUUGUUGAUACUGUAACUGUAACUGUGAUCACCGCUUCUAUUGUGGCUUUCCUUGGCAUGCUCUGGGCGGCGUUUUUCGUCAAAUACUGAUUAGUCGUUAUUACAAACGUGCGCGCUUAAAAAAGGGAUGUGAAAAACGCGUCAUUUGUGAGUGGACUGUCUAAUUGCCUACUUUACGCAAUUAUUUUAUGCUCAAAAACGUUCUAAUAAGAAUAGUGCAGUGUAUUGUAACCAUAAUAAAACUCGUACCAUUUAUGCUUU